AAGUCUUCUUCAGAACGUGAUGACAGCAGUCUGCCACCUACAGGACUCAAUUCAGUCGAUGAAACAAAUGCUAUGAAAUCUGGGUGCUAUUUGGGUUUACACUUACUGUGAUUAAACAUUCAGAACGAAGAAAUCAGUUCGGAGGGAAAACAUUUAGUGUGAACUGGUGACAAACCCUUUUAGGUUGUAGCUAAUAUAAGGUCAAACGUGAAUCAUUAAAUUACUAUUUUACUAAAAUUUAAAUUCUUAUAAAAUGUUUUAUAUUUAUAUUAAUAUAGAAUUUAAGAAGACUGAUUAAGUAAUCGCCGGAUAGAAGUUAGAAGGAUUAUACCUCAGGUUACAUGUGACAUGAAAUAAUCUCUCUAUUAGCCUGUUAGCAGCUAGUAACACAGCUCAACUUCCUGCUGUCCUCACCGCUGCUAAUAUGAGUCUGAACAUGGGAUACAAAUAUUACUUAUGAGCCUCUCCGACACAAACGCGGAUUCUUCGACGCAGACAAUUAUCUGAUCAAUGGGCUCUGAGUACGAGACUGGGUGAUAAUAUCAUCAUGCCACCAGCGAAGCUGCUGAAGAAUGCCCAGUACAUUGAAUUGGGCAGUUAUCAGUAUUGGCCAGUUCUGGUGCCCAGAGGAAUCCGCCUGUACACUUAUGAGCAGGUGCCGGGAUUCCUUCGGGAAAAUCUUUAUAUCACUGAUGGCUACAGAGCCUAUCUGACCUCUAGACUGUGCAUUAAAAGCCUUUUCAUUCUGUCCAAUGAGACGGUAAACAUCUGGAGUCAUCUGUUGGGGUUCUUCCUGUUCUUUACGCUGGGAGUCUAUGACUUGCUGGCAGUGCUGCCUGUGUUAGGAGCGUCCAGAGAGGACUAUGUCAUAUACUCCAUAAGCCUCUUCUGCUUCCAGGUGUGCAUGCUGUGUUCUGUGGGCUAUCACCUGUUUUGCUGCCACCGUUCUGAAAAAACCAGCCGCCGCUGGAUGGCACUGGAUUACGCUGGGAUCUCCAUAGGAAUCAUUGGCUGUUAUGUUCCAGGGGUGUUCUAUGCGUUCUACUGCAAUAAUUACUGGCGGCAGGUGUACCUGGUAACCGUUCUGGCCAUGAUGCUGGCAGUGUUCUUCGCCCAGAUACACCCUCAUUACUUGGUCAAGAAGUGGCAGAAGCUUCGCUCUCUUAUAUUCUGUGGUGUGGCGGGAUAUGGCCUCAUCCCCACCUUUCAUUGGAUCUGGCUCAGUGGGGGUUUCAGCUCAGACAUAGUCCAGGAAUUUGUUCCCAGAGUGCUGAUAAUGUAUGUACUUGCUGUAGCUGCUAUCAUCUUCUACAUGUCCAAAGUUCCAGAGCGUUAUUUUCCAGGUCAGCUGAACUACUUGGGCUCCAGCCAUCAGGUCUGGCACAUAUUGGUGGUGCUCAUAUUCUACUGGUGGCAUCAGUCUGCACUUUUCAUAACCAACUAUCGCCACGCUCACCCUUGCUCAGAAUACCCUCUUCAUUCCUAGAGUUACAGGAUCGAGGGACACCACUGAGGACUGCUGUAUAUGAUUUAAACUGAUCUGAAAGCUUGAACACAUUCAGUGUUUAUAAAAUAUGAUUGCAAGGUGUAUGGAUUUAGUUUUUUUUUUAUUUUUAUAUUGUCUAUCUAUUUUGACACUUUUUAUACAUUUUGUAAAAGUACGCAGAUGUUUCAGUAUGAAUACAUUAAAAAGACACUUGAGGUAAGCAGUAUUAGGCUUUUAAAAGCACUUUUACAGCAUCUGCUUGCAGAGGUUUCUACAUCUAUACAAAUGUAGUUCUUGGGUAACAUGCAGGUUAAGUGGGCAAAACGUCUGUUAACAUGGUAAGAUUUGAACAUUCAGUAUUGUAUUGCGAGUGUUAUUUUGGUGUUUACUUUUUGUAUUUGCACCUAAAAUUCAACGAUUCACAAGCUUAAUAGUACCACACUUAUGAUUUAUGUUGGGUUUAUGUGAACUUUUUUUAAUGUACAUGUCAAAGUCUUAUUUAAAACAUUGAAUAAAACAAAGAGAUUUGAUAGGGCUUGUUCAGUGAUUGGUGAAAUAAGCAAAUGUAGAGAAUAUAUUUUGAGAGUUGCUCCAUGUUGUAAUACAUCAGUAUUAUUUAUAUUGAUGCAGAGAUAACUCCUUGUUUACCAUUUCCUUUUGCUAUUUUUACUAAAAAUGGCAAUUUAAAAAUCCUUCCAUACAAUUACUGCAUUUAACACUACUCUGUAUACUGCAUUGACUAAUGUGAAAGCUACAUGGUUUCAGUUCAUUUUCUGCCUGUACAAUUGCUUUUUAUUUUUUACAUAGAACAAUGUGCAUUUUUAGUGCUUAAUUGUAGGGUUAUAUGAUGUUACUGAAUCAUGAUGCUUUAUUAUGUAACACUAUUUUAAUUUAUUUUUUUACCACAUAUGGUAUGGUUGCAUUCUUCUGUACACCCGAUUAAACAGUCACUUUGUCCUUUCCAA